UUAAAACUCUUGUUUGCUCUACAGACUUUUGCAAAGAAGGUGUUUUUAAAUGGUCCUCUCAUAUCUGCUGUAGUGCGCUCAUGUGCAGUUUUAAAAACUACAGAUUAAAAAAAUACAUCAAUGUUUGUGUUUAUAUCAGCUGUUAAUAAAUGUAGUAUAUGUCUGAGGUGACGUAGGAAAGGUGUUAGAAUGAUGUGGUUUGUCUGCAGAGCACUGAGAGGUGUGUCUUACAGUAAAAUGUCUCAGUGUGUCUAUAAGUCACAAAUUAACAAACAAACAAAUCUUCAUUGAAAAAACAGUUGCAAAAUAAUGACCGUUUUCUUUGCGUAUUUAUUCAUUAGUUAGUCAGUUAUGCCGUUCAUUUGUAAUUUAACGUGUUCAUUUGAAAGCCUUUCCUUAGUGGCUGACCAUGUUUUAUUAAGAAUCAGGAUUUACUGUGUCCAGCCUCCAUGUUUAGAAGAGAACACUGAAUUAUUGUGAUGUGAUGCAGAAACAAUGGACUCCUUUAAAGAUGUUGGUAGUGUCAGAAGAAAACAUUAGUAUCUGUCAGCGUCGGUCUGAAAGCAUCUCCAUCAGUGAGAGCAUCAGUCAGUGUUCACGUCCACCACCUGUGAAAUAUCGAGUCGCUUUUACAGCGUCUCGCCUCACAGAGGAACGCCGUUUGUCACCAAAAGUGACGGCUGGUUUUUCAUCAGAGUGUGUGUGUGUGUGUGUGUGUGACUAAUGGACUGCUCCUCUGUCUCCUCAGCAGCCAUGGAGACGGAUGGAGAGCAGAACCAGCAGGGGGCCUCGACCAAUGGGAGCGCUGCAUCUGGGACGAGCUCCCGCCCCUCUCCAAUGAACUCCAUGUCUCUAUAUGAAAGACAGGCGGUGCAGGCGCUGCAGGCGUUACAGAGGCAGCCGAAUGCAGCCCAGUACUUCCAGCAGCUGAUGCUGCAGCAGCAGAUCAGCAACGCGCAGUUUCAGAACCUGGCAGCCGUGCAACAGGUAAAGGCUACUCUGGCUGCCAGCCGUCAGUCAAGUCCGUCCAGCAGCGGCUCCUCUCAGACCACCAGCACCACAUCUGCCAGCGUAACAUCUGGAUCUACGACCAGCAGCCGUCCUAUGGGCGGCCCGGCAACCUCCACAAUCAGCCAAUCGGUGCUGCUGAGUGGGACGGCGGGGGGGCAGGGACAAAUGUACCUGAGGGUCAACCGCUCUCUGAGGGCCCCCAUCUCCUCGCAGCUCAUCUUCAUGCCCGGCAACACGGCAGCUGCUGCCGUCGCAACCGUCACCCAGCAGCCACAGGCUCUGCAACAGAAACAGGAAGUGACGCCAACUUCCUCCUCCAGCGGCCAAUCAGAUAACGACCAGGCACAGAAUCUAGCCAUGCGAGGUGUGUCCAGUCUCAAAGGUGUUAAGACUGAAGUCCCAGAGAGGAGUGACUCAGCUGCCUACUCCUUAGUCCCGCCCUCACAUCAAUCAAACUCCCAGUUCCCCCUUAAGCCAAACCAGCCACAACACCAGCCGCCCCACAUCAAAAUCCCCACGUACCCUCAGCCCACCAACCUCAAAGCCCACCCUUCCUCCUCCUCCUCCACCUCCUCCAUCCCUCUCUCCCAGCUCCUGCUUCACGGAACCCGGACCCUCACCACGGGAACCACAGCUCCCACAGCGGCGCACACUCUGGUCCUGACGUCCAGCGCGGGAUCCCAGGCCCACGGGUAUCCCAUCAAACCGGCAGUGAACGCUCAGACGCUGGUGGUGCAGCCCCUGCAGAAGACGUCGCUCGGCGCCGAGAAAUCAGGCCACGGCAACGGACCCGUCCCCAUCCAACCCAAAACUCUGCAGGGGCUCCGCCUGCCGCUCCAGCUGCCCUCUAGGAACCCGCCUCCCAUCCUGCCCGCCCCGCCGCCCGUCAGCAGCUCCGCUCAGCCGCCUCCGCCACCGCACAUCCCGGUCCAGAUCGUGGGCGCGAGGCAGAGCACGCUGGGAAACACCCAGGCUCUGGCUCUGGCCCGCGGCAGCUGUUGCCAUGACGGAGUCGCCGCCGCCGUCCUCGGCAGCUCGUCCGGCCUGCUCACCAUGGUGGCGUCCAUCGCUUCCAGGGAGGGCGGGGUCGUGGGCCGAGGAGCGGGGCUAAAGACGCUUCAGUCGCCACAGGAGGCCCCCCCGUUGGCUCAGGUCUCUCAGGUGCAUCCGCAGGCCAAUCAAAGCUCCGGACCGAGUCGCAACGGACCCCUGGGUUCGAUCCCGGCCUCCACCCAGGCCCCCGCGGUGUCCUCCCCUCCCUCCUCGAUGUCUCGCGCCUCCCUCUCCCUCCCCCUGGUGACGGAGGAGCAGAGAGGAGCAUCGGCUGCUCUGACCACCAACGGAGACUUAUCGAGAAGUCAGACAGCACAGGUAAAGCAGAUGACGGGCUCACUAAAGAGAAAGUCCGACUCCACUUCAGCCAACGACGAGGACGGCCCCUCCCCUCCACGGCUCCAUCCAGUCAGAGAUCACGCUUCAGCACUGCCGACCAAUCCCAGCGAAGCCGGCUCUGGUGCUCCUCCUCCCGUCUCCUCCUCUCCCUCCCCCGUGCUGGCAGUGUCCCGUGGGGUCUGCCAGGGGGAGAGAGCUCCUCCCCCUCAAGCUGUGGUGAAACCCAACGUCCUAACGCACCUCAUAGAGGGCUUCGUCAUCCAGGAGGGGGCAGAGCCUUUCCCUGUGUGUGGUUCAGUAAAGGACUCGACUGGAGAGGAUUUAACCAACGACAGUCCAGACACGAACCGAUCGGAGACGGUUACAACAGCGACAGUGCUGAAGUGUGAAUACUGUAAAAACUUUGCUCCCGCAAGCCAGUUCAGAGGCACCAAAAGGUUCUGCUCCAUGUCUUGUGCCAAGAGUAUGUAUUGGUUCCCCAGGUACAACGUCAGCUUCAGGCAGCACUUCUGCAUGCGGCACGGUCAAGAUCAGGGUCAGCUCUCCAACUCGGACGAGGAGGGAGGACUCGCCAGGCGGAGGGUCCCCCGCAGGACCAGCUCCGAAAUAGCCAGUGCCAAGAUAGCAGGGAGACCCAUACCUGUCAAGUGCCGUUCAGAGUCCAGCCAUUCAGACGAGGAGUCCAGUGGAGAGGAGGACGAAGACGACCCCGUGUCCCUGUCGUCCGCCUCCUCCGCCUCCUGCCGCCCGCCGCCUCCUCCGCUCCCGACGGAGAGCUCUGUGCCCAGCUGCCUGUCUGCUGGCCCCGCCCAGUGGAGCGUGGAGGAAGUGUCGCAGUUCAUUUCCUCGCUACAAGGCUGUGAGGAGCUCGCCUCCCAGUUCCUGUCGCAGGAGAUUGACGGACAGGCCCUGCUGCUGCUGAAGGAGGAGCAUCUAAUGUCCACCAUGAACAUGAAGCUAGGUCCCGCCCUCAAGAUCUGCGCCCACAUUAACACCCUGAGAGACUGAGGCCAGGUUGUUCGCGUAAAUCCACCACGUUCAAAGUCGAGCCCCGGGCAUUUACCCUGAAACUCCUGAUCCGCACACCAGUUGGGAUGUGAAACUGGUUCCAGGGCUGUCGCAGUCCUGCAGGUGGAUGUUUGAGGUACAGUUCAUUUUCAAAACAAAGCCACGGCUCUUUAGCUCUAAGUCGGGCUGCAGCUCUUGAAUCUGUCGUUGAUUUGUCCACUCAGCAGCACAUUUUCAAAGGCCAUACUUGCACAGAGAUAUUGUUAAUCUUUCAUGUCUGUGAGUUGCAGAAAUGCAACAGAUUACUCUAUUUUGGUGAAGAUUCAUGUUCCCUAAAAUGCUGUUUCUACACAAAACCAGUACUUGCAGUCAUAAAUAGUUCAUACCAAGUGGUUUCAUUUUGCUGUUCAGCUGCACCGUUCCACUCUUAUAGCUGCAUUGUGAAACGCAGAAAUGAAGGUUUUGAAUGUAUUUUCGUUAAGUUGGAUUCUUUGCACUUGCACAAGAUUCCCCCGUUCUCUACAAGUAGGGCUGCCCUUUACAGACUGACCUCGGCUGUGCUCAUCUUAUUUCAUUUAUUUUUGUUGCAUUUAACUGCUAUUCAUUCAUUCUUUCAUAUUGUACAGGUGAAGUGUUUUUGACAGAUUUGCCCACUUCUUUGUCGUCAAAACAAAGUCAGGAUUUGUUUUUCUUGUCUUUGAGAACGACGUUGGUUCUCAUCUCGUGGCGUUUCCCUGAAAGGUGUUUCUGAUUACAACUCUUCUUCUUGUUUAAGCCACAGUCAGCAUGGCAUGAGGACAGAAACGCAGUCAAGGAAUACGCAUCGUUUAGUUUAAAUCUACCCAGAAGCUGUGGAUCAGUCAUUAUCAAAGAUGGCCGUUGAUUUUGUUUUCAAGAACGUUUAUAACUUUUGUUAUUCAUGUAAAAACUAGUACUUUACAAAAGUUAUCAUCAUUGUGUAAGAAUAGGCCUCAUCAUUUUCUAUUUUAUUUAGUAUGCGGUCUAUUCUUCAGUUUACAGGGUACAGUUAGAGAACAGGGUCCAGAUGAAACCCGAGUCCCUUGAGUUUCACAGAGCAUUUCUCAUUUCAAGUGAGGCAAAGAUGCUGCUGUUGCAUGUAGUUUUCUCACAUCUUUCUUGUUUUUUACAUACGGAGCACAUCAACACUUCCAAAACUGUGUUUUUCGCUCAGUAUCUCUUUUUAAGUUUUUUAACAGGUCUAAUUCUUAAAUCUACUCUUAAAACUGUAAUCUGUGACUAUUUUGUUCUGUCGGGCAAUUUCAAGAUUGUUGCUUUUUUUCCAAACCAGCUGCUCCUGAUUUAUUUAAGUGUGUGUGUGAGUGAGUGAGUGAGUGAGUGAAGGGUAACGUCAUGGGCUUGAUUUUGUGAAGUGACAUUUUUUUAAACAACGUUUAAAAGGAAACGCUGGAACAGAUGAAGAAUGUAAGCUGUUCAUUUGAAGUAUUGACAUUCAUGAACAAAGCCAGAAGUUUCAUAAAGAAAAGCAGCUUGUAGCCUCACGUGGACCUACGCUUAGGAUGGAUGAAGGAAAACACAAAUCAUACCUGAUGAAUGAGUGAGUGUGAAUGAGGGAAAACUUAAGCUAAACUGUAAUAAGUGUAAAAUUUGCCUUUAUAUUUAAAUGCACAUUUAGUUGCCUUGUUUAAGCGUGUUACUGUAGGAGUUUUCUCAUGUUCUCUCUGUGACCCGUGUGGCCUUUCUCACUAGUCUCAAUAGGUUUAGAUGAGGAUUGUCUGUUUUUUUUAACUGCUUUUCAUAUCAUACCUUGUUUUAUAUUAGUGCUUACUUUUCUACGAUUGUUAAUUCAAGCAAAUGACAUCUG